AUGUCCCAGAAACCUAGUAUAGUAAAUUUCCUUAUACAUGACGCCAAUGGACAGCCACAAAUGGUUAAAGUAUUACAAAAUUCAACUACUCAAUCUAUUGCUCAAAUCAAACUGAAAUCGAAACAAGUUAAAGUAAUCAAGCUACCAACGAGCGCAGAAGGAAACCCACAGGCUCCAGUGUUUCGUCCAAUUAAUAUAAAGAGUAUUAAAUGUGCGUCAAAGCUUGUGCAGGUUCCUGUUGACACAUUAGAUCGUUUGAAAAAAGUUGUUCCUAAGACCGAACCUCAAGAAGUUGAGUCUCAGGAUCACAUAUCGGAUUAUCAAUUUGUUCAGUCUGUACCAAAUUUAGAACCUAUAUUGGCUAAACUUGAAUCUCCAGCUAAAACCACUAAGAAAUCUAGUGUUUUAUCAUCAAGUAUGUCACAUGCAUCUAGAAGAAGACAUGAUUCAGAUAAUGAUCCACCAGCAGAAUAUACAACAAAAAGACGUAAGCAUGCUGACAAAGUCGGCAAAGGAUUAAGGCAUUUUUCCAUGAAAGUUUGUGAAAAGGUCCGAAAUAAGGGUUUUACCUCAUACAAUGAAGUUGCAGAUGAAUUAGUGUUAGAGUUCGCAGCUGGAAUGCAUGGUUCUGCAGACAGUCAGCAAUAUGACCAGAAAAAUAUUCGUCGAAGGGUAUAUGACGCGUUAAACGUGUUAAUGGCAAUGAAUAUUAUAUCAAAAGAAAAGAAAGAAAUUAGAUGGCUUGGACUUCCAACAAAUUCUGUGCAAGAAUGCACAGCACUAGAGAAAGAAAAGCAGGCAAAACUAGAACAGAUUCAGAAGAAAACACAACAAUUACAAGAGCUUAUAUUACAGCAUAUAUCUUUUAAAAGUCUUAUAGAAAGAAAUAAAGAAAUAGAAAAAAAAGGUGUCAAACCAUCACCAUCAUCGGCCAUUCAUUUACCAUUUAUAGUUGUAAAUACAAGUGACAAAGCAUUGAUAGACUGUAGUAUAUCAAAUGACAAGACAGAAUAUAUGUUUAAUUUCAACAAAAGGUUCCAGAUACAUGAUGACAUAGACAUAUUAAAGAGAAUGGGCCUUUUAUUUGGGUUAGAUAAAGGGGAGUGUUCAGAAGAAAAUUUGAAGAAAGUUAAGAAUAUGGUACCAAAAUCAUUGGAAUUAUAUGUGGAACAAAUGGGCAGAGGCGAAAAUUUUACUUUAAGUAGUAUAUUAGAAGAGGAAGAUAUUGACGAUGUUGAAAAUGAAGACGAAACCUUAGAUGAAACUGAUGUAAAAGAUGAGCAAGAAGAUGAUGAGGGCAAUGAAUACAGUGAAGACAGUAGCGACGUGGAUGUC